CCGUAUAUCCGUGAAUUUUCUGUACCGAAAAACCGUACUCCCUCUCUCCUCUGCUUCUAUUUAAUCACAGAUCCCAAUUUUCAUUCCCACAAUUCGAACAUUUUGAGUUUUCUUUCUAUCAAAGCCCAGGAUCGGACGGUGAUUCCCUCUCGACGACCAUGAAGGAACUGAUCCGACGGUUAUCGCGUCUCAACUCUCCUCAAUCCCUUUGCCGAUCAGAUUCCGGCGACCGCUCGCCGUUGAUGGAAGGCUCAAAGGUUUGCUGUCCUGAAAUUCAACUGUUAAAAGACCACCGGAAAAAUGCAAAGAACAGGCAGAAAAUUUGCUGGAAAAAAGAGCCAAAAAGUAGCCGGAAAGUUAUGGAAAUGUGCGUGCCGGUGCUCGUGGGAGAGGAAAUGGAGAGCUUCGCGGUGAGCGCCAACGUUUUCAACCAUCCGGUAUUUUCCGAGUUAUUGAAAAGAUCGGCUCAAGUGUACGGGUACGACCAUGUGGGGGUGCUCAGGAUCCCAUGCAACGUUGGAGUUUUCAGGCAAAUCAUGGAGGUGUUGGAGGAAUCGGGCGGCUCAGAUGAUGUGAUCUUUAGAUUGGGAAAGGAGACGGCUUCCUCUUUUUCCAUCAUGUACGGGACUCAAAAUGAUGUAUACAAUUAAAGAAUUUUAAUUGAUCAAUUAAUCUUUCC